UCCUGGUUUAGACCUGGUUUAGUCCUGGUUUAGUCCUGGUUUAGUCCUGGUUUAGUCCUGGUUUAGACCUGGUUUAGUCCUGGUUUAGUCCUGGUUUAGUCCUGGGAUGGUCUGGUGACUGAGAGAUGAGAGGAUACAGAGGAGUGAAGUACACGCUGUUCGUCUGCUGCUAUGUUUUCUGGGUGGUGAGUUCUCUUUUGAUCGCUGUGGGAAUCUACGCCAAAGUGGCCAAAGAAAAAGAUGUGGUGGACACGCUGACCCUUGACCCCGCCCUGCUCCUGAUCGUCGUGGGGACGGUGACGUUUCUCAUCACGUUCCUCGGCUGUUGGGGAGCGCUCCGCAACGCCACCUGUCUCCUCAAAACAUUCCUGGUCAUCCUGGUGGUGGUGCUGUUGCUGCAGGUGACAGCGGCUGUAGUCGGAUACCUCUUCACUGACUUGGUGAUGGAGCGCACGGAGCUGCUGAUGCUCAAAGCCGUGGUGCGCUACCGAGAAGACCGCGACCUGGAGAACGCCAUCGACUUCGUCCAGAAGAAGUUCCAGUGCUGUGGAGUGGAGAGCUACAAGGACUGGUCCAAAAACGUUUACUUCGAGUGUUCGGACGAAAACCCGAGUUUAGAGGCCUGUGGAGUCCCGUUCUCCUGCUGCAAACCCGAGACCAACCAGACGGUGCUGAACACCAUGUGUGGGUACGGGGUGCAGACGCUGGACGACUCCUCGGCUCAGGACGAGGUGUUCACGGUGGGCUGUCUGCAGAGGACCGUCCUGUGGGCGCAGACCCACCUGCUGCUGGUGGCGGGGCUGAGCGCCGGGCUGCUGCUGCUCGAGGUCUGUAUGAUCGGCCUCGCGGCUGCUCAGGUCGCCUGGAUCAAGAGAGUCCAGCGUCUGCAGGGUCAGAGCGAGGGGCGGGAGCGAUUUGAGAGGAAGGACAGCGUGUGGUACCCCGCCUUCGCAGACUUCGACGAGGAAUGACCCAGAACAGCUGUGUGUGUGGGCCACUAGAGGGCGCUGUGUGUGCUCUGUGGGCCACUAGAGGGCGCUGUGUUCGCUCUGUGGGCCACUAGAGGGCGCUGUGUGUGCUCUGUGGGCCACUAGAGGGCGCUGUGUGUGCUCUGUGGGCCACUAGAGGGC